GCGCUUUCCUUUUUGAGAAAGUGCUCGGAGUUUUGGAAAUAGAGGAGGAGGGUGAGCCUAACUGAGCCGGGGUUUACGGGUCUUGGGGGCAGCAUCAGUUUGUAAAGUUUGUAUCGGUUAUUUCCUGGACUCCGCAAUCUGUCAUCUGGCCCGGUGUGUUUACAGUUACUGGCCCGGACGUGUAUGCGCUUUAACAACCCCUCACGGUUCGACACGCUCCAGCUUCUUUGGCUGGCGUUCAGAGACUCGCUUCUGUGAAUAUAAUGUUACCUAGCCAGGUCGGAUCGGCACCAUCUGGAAACGGGUCGGCAUCGGGCAGGACUGCUACGGCACACGGGCCGGGGAUUCGUCCCGUUUUGGUCCGAACUGGUCAAGCCUUACCGGGGGUCGGUGAGAGCGGCGGAGCUGCGGGGCGACAGGGGGAGAGAGAGGCUGCCGGGAUGCUGGGGGCAAACGGGCCAGGGGGUUCUAGAGGGGCCAGACCGGGGAACGGGGCCGGGUUGAACCCCCUGCAGACUGCCGUCCAAGGAGGCAUUGUGGGGUUAAACCCCGGGGUGGUGAUGCCCCAUGGAGCCCGCUUCGACCCGGACCGGGAUAGUGCUCCUCUAUGCAGCGGCUCGGAUAAUGAUUCGGACUCUGGAGACGAGGAUGACCCGGUGGGUUCACUCGGGGACAGCAGGAGAGGGGUGAAGAGGGAAAGGGGGGAGAUGGAAGGGGCGGCGGCGGGACAGGAGCUGGGAGUACCCCCCGGAGGGUACGGCAUGGUGACCGGAGGAGUUGCCGGGGCGAAGCCGGGGAAGAAGACACGUGGGCGGGUAAAAAUAAAGAUGGAAUUUAUCGAUAACAAGUUGAGACGCUACACCACGUUCAGCAAGAGGAAGACGGGCAUUAUGAAAAAGGCCUAUGAACUCUCGACCCUGACGGGAACCCAGGUUCUGCUGCUGGUGGCCAGCGAAACGGGUCAUGUCUAUACUUUCGCCACCCGGAAACUCCAGCCUAUGAUCACAAGCGAAACGGGCAAAGCCCUGAUCCAGACAUGCCUUAACUCGCCAGACUCUCCGCCGCGCUCCGACCCCUCCAUGGACCAGCGCAUGAGCGCCACGGGCUUUGAGGAGACAGACCUCACCUACCAGGUGUCGGAGUCGGAGAGCAUGGGUGACACGAAGGACACACUGAAGCCAGCGUUCACUGUAGCCAAUCUACCGGGCACAACGAGCAGCACUCAGUCCACGGUACCCACCACCUCCACCACCAUGCAGGUGAGCACUGGUGCGUCGUUUCCAAUCACCAACUACCUGGCGCCCGUCUCGACCAGCAGCAACAUCAGCGCUAAUGGAACCGUCCUCAAGACAGCCGGCGCCUCAACAGGAGUCAUGCAGCUUCCCAGUGGCUUCACCUUCAUGUCCGCAGGCACCUCUCUCCCCCCCAGCACCCCCACCAUUCCUCUGAGCCAGCUGCAGCAGCACUUUCUGGCCCUCCAGGGGCAGCAUGGUCAGACCCUGGCCGCCGCCCCGCAGCCACAGCAGGGACAGCAGGCUGUCCUCCGCUUCCCUGCUGCUGUCUCCCUCACAGGUGCAGGCGUUCCUCAGCAGCUCCAGGCCAUCCAGGUCCAUCCCAACACACAGCCCAACUCCAACAGCGACAGCAGCCCCGAGAUCUCCCACACCUCCGCCAACUCCACCGCAACGGUGAGUCUCCCGGCAACCAUCGUCACUUCGUCAGUGCCAACGUCUGUGCCGGGCCACAUGAUGUACCCCAGCCCUCACACGGUGAUGUACGCCUCCACGCCAGCGCUGGCCGACGGGGGGCUGGCCGUGCUCAACGCCUUCUCCCAGGGAACCCAGGCCAUGCAGGUGUCCCACGCGCACAGCCAAGACACAGGUGCCGUCCCUCAGGUGUUCCUCACAGCACCUCCCGGCACGGUGCAGAUCCCUGUCUCAGCAGUGCAGCUACACCCAGUACGGCAAGAUCUGCAUUUCACAAAUGGUGAUUGGCCAGCAGUCGAGCGGCAGCAGCAGCAGUAACCUGACGGAGCUCCAGGUGGUCAAUCUGGACACGACACAGAGCACAAAGGGCGACUGACGGACGGCUGGAGCUGUUUAACAUGGCAGACACACACACAUACACACCCCUACACACACACACACACACAUCUCUAUUUAUUGAUGCCUUCCUUUGAAAUUUACCAUCACUCUUCUGAAUGUGAUUUAUCAGUACAUAUCUAUAAACACAAUGAAGGGCAUAUGUGUGGCAGGCCCUUAAACAAUAUGAAGUAUGUUUUUGGUAUAUAAAUAUAUAUAUAUAUUUGCAAAUACAUAGGAGAUAUAUCACUAUAUUAUAAUUGGAGCCUAUUUUCUAUGCUGUUAGAUGGUGUUAUUUUUAGCGUGAGCUUUGUUUCCUUUUGACAAAAUGUAAUUACACACACGGACUGCAAGGUGCCACCAGCUUCACACCAGCCAAAGAGACAUUUGUUUGUCUGAAUGUUCCUGUGUGAGCCAUCCGUGCACAAGCAUGUGCCUGUGUGUGUGUGUGCGUACACACAUCUGGGGUUUUGUAAAACGGGGGUUGGGAGAGGGAGGAGAGAGACUUGCAUUCUGGCUUAAAACAAAACGUUAAAAAAAAAAAAAACAUUUGGAAAUGUAAAUAGUUUUUAAAACAAAUGAACAGUUGUAUUUUUUGGUCGGUUCAGUUUGUGCAACGGCAUGUAACAGGUUUUUUUUUUUUUUUUUUUUUUACAUAGUGGGUUUUGUAUGUAGAAGUUGAGUUAUUUACAUGGAUGUGAAAAUUAAUGCACCAUUGUUCACUACAAGAUGGAGAAAGAAAGCUGUUAUCUACAACUUUCUGUGCUUUUGUUUUUGUUUAUGCUGUUUUUUUUGUUUUGAAGGAAUUUCCAGAUCAUGUAACUUUGUCAGUGAAAGUAUAACCCUUUUAUAAUUUACUGCUGUUGUAUUCUUUGCUUUAGAGAAGAUUUCAGUACUGUACCCUCUGUUAGGCGUGACAAUCGGAUUCAGAUAUUUCCUAUCAAACUUUUAGUUUAAUGUUCAUGAACUGACGUAUAUCCUUGGUAAAAUGAGUAAAAAGCCUUAAAAUUAUUCGAAAAAUACAUGUUGGCCUUGAGAUUUAGAUCAUAAUUAUGCAGAAAAACCCAAUAAUCACCCAGUUUGAGUACCACCCACGAGAUUAUAAUUAAAAUGUUGAGUUUUUCAAACAUAAUGCCAGAUAUUAAGAGGAGAAAUUGGCUUUUUGGUUAAACUAGAUAAAGCCUUGCUUGUAUCAUUUUUAAUUGUAUAAAAAAUUUUUUUAUUAUUAUUCCUCUGACUGUAGAGAUCCAAAAAAAACACUUGUACCUAUUUUUCUUCACUUAGUUUAAAGUUAUGAGUUAUGUUUUGCCUUUCACAUGCCUCUCAUUGUUACAACAUAUUUAUACUCCCAAGAAUAUAGCAAACAAAUUAAAAGUUCCCAAAUUAAGCUAAAAACUACCCUGUACCAUGUAUUGUAUUGGGAUGCUGGUAAUUAAUUUUGUUAAAUAUUUCCCUCCUAACUACUUAUAUGAAUUUGUUUACAUUUUUCAGUGACUCUGCAAUGGAAGACGAUUUUCUUUUAAGGCUUUAUACUGAUCCUUACCAGGGAUGCUGUAAAAAUACAACUAAUUCAGACCAAGUAGAUCCAUUUCCAGAUGCUACUCUAGUUGCCUUGAUCCAUCUGUGGGUAAAGUUUAAAGCUGGCAGAAAAGAGAACGGUUUUCUGCGAGAACAAGGAUGUGAUUGUUAGGGAUUGUGUCCUGAGGUGCUUUAAAAUGUUAAGAUUACUGACUGAGUCUGAGUUGCAAGUCUAGACUUGCGUCCUCUUUUUGCGCCAUAGUGCCUGUGAUGCAAAGGCAUAUUUUGAAAGCAAAGUAAUGCAAGGCUGUAGGAUAUUUCUCUCACACGGCUUUUGGACCUGCCGCCCUGUUUUCUGCUUCACCCUGCGAGGGGGAUUGCUUAUUGUUGACUCAUUUCUCCAGAACUGGUGGGAUGACAGAACAUGACAAAGAAAACCCGACUGUCGAUCAUGAUGCCAUCCUGCGGUCUGUUAGCGUCAAGUUACAGACAUUCACUCUGGUACUCAUUAGGAAAUGUUUAAUUUUUUUUUUUUUUUAAAAGAUUGAACAGAGUUUGUGUUUUUCACCUCGUCGUUGAAAGAAAUGAUUGUGUAUUUUUGUUGUAUUGUACAGACAUUUUGUAAUAAAAAGAUGAAAUGCAAACUGUUGGAAAAAUGA